AGUGCUACUAUCCAUGGUGUAAAUAUCUUAGUUGAUCACCUGCAUUGCUUUUUGGUAAAUUGUACUAUUGUAGGUCAGAUAAGGUCAAAAAGUCUUGAAAUGGAAUACAAUAUCAAUCUUGAUCAAGAUAUAUUAGAAGCUGAUGUGGUCAUUCAAGAGCCUGAUCUUACCAUGGAUAUCCAAGCAUCUCCAAAAGGAGAUGACAUGGAAAAUGAUAUGAGUCUUGGUCAAGAGAUAACAGAAGCUGAUGUGAUGGUGUUUGAUGAAAGUAUUCAGGAGACACAACUGACUGUAGAUAUACAUGAGCCUCUAGAGGAAGAUGUUGACAAAACUGAAAGUAGUGGAAAGGAAAGUGACCAUGCCUCCCUCAAAAAGCUCGGGUCUGAACCAUACACUGGUUUGCAAUUUGGCUCUGAAGAUGAGGCCUACGAAUUCUAUAAUGCAUAUGCUAAGGAGAAGGGUUUUAGUAUCCGAAAGAGUCGUAUAGAACGCUCAAGGGUCGACAAAAGUGUUCUUUCCCGCAAGUAUGUGUGUGCGCAUGAAGGGUUUCACUGGACAAAAGAUAAACGUUAUAAAGGCAAGGUCAUUCGGUCUCGAAGAGAAACAAGGGUAGAUUGUCGAGCAGCUAUGAGCAUUAAAAGGAAAUCUGGUGGAUGGAUUGUUUACAAAGUUCAUCAUGAGCACAAUCAUGAACUUGUUAAUCCUGUUGAAGCUUACAAACUUCGGUCACAUCGAAAAAUGAUGAACACUAUGAGGUCAAUCCCUGUUAGAUGUGAAGUUGGACAAUCCGAAAAUAAAGAUAAGCUUAAAGAUGCUGCACGGAGGUCAGAUAAUGUGGGAAUUAACAACCAAGAUAGCAAGAACUAUGUGAAGAAAGAAAGGAAAAAUAAUAUUGGAAUUGAUUGGGAUCGUACAUUCAAGUAUUUCCGAAGCAUGCAAUCAGUAGAUUCUGGAUUUUUUUAUGCAGCAGAAUUUGGUAUGAAUCAGAGCAUAAGGAGCUUAUUUUGGGUGGAUAGCAGAGCAAGAGAGGCUUACAAGCAGUUUGGGGAUGUGGUGGUAUUUGAUACCUCAUAUCAAACAGACAAAUACAGGUUUCCACUUGCUACUUUCACUGGUGUAAAUCACCACAGGCAUUCUACAGUAUUCGGAUGUGGGUUGCUGGCAGAUGAGACUGUGGAAUCUUAUGUUUGGUUAUUUGAAACAUGGCUCAAAGCUAUGUCUGAUCAGCAGCCUACUUCAAUGAUAACAUAUCAAGAUGAAGCAAUGAAAACGGCCAUAGAGAAGGUUUUUCCAGGAGUAAGGCACCGGUUUUGUAUGUGGCAUGUGGCAAAAAAUGAGUUAGAAAAUCUGGGAUAUGUUUUUAAAAUGCACAAGGAAUUUGAAUCUGAAUACAGAAAGUGCAUUAAUGCAAGUUGGAAGCCAGAAGAAUUUGAGUUAGGGUGGGAGGCACUUAUUGUGAAGUAUGGUUUGAAAGAUAAUAACUGGUUAAAGUUAAUGUAUGAUCAGCGCCACCAUUGGGUGCCAUUGUACUUACGAGAUGCAUUCUUCGCUGGAAUGACUACAAUAAAGAGAAGUAAAGGUAUAAAUUCUUAUUUUAAUGAGUUCUUGCAUGAAGGGACUCCAUUAAAUGAAUUUAUACCUCAGUACGAUCAUGCCCUAAAGCAACUUCGUGAAAAGGAAGCAGAUGAAGAUUUUGUGUCAAUGCAUACAAAAACGGUUUUAACAUCAAAAAACCCUAUUGAAGAACAAGCUGCAAGAGUUUUUACAAGGACUAUGUUCUCAGUAUUUCGACAUGGAUUCCUUGAAAGUUCUUGUUGCGUUGCAAAUAAGACAGACGAGGAAGGGCCUGUCAGCAGGUACUUGGUGCACAAAUACAAUGAGAAGGAUGAAAACAUCCAUCUUGCUACGUUAAAUGUAGUUGAUAAUCGCAUAAGCUGCAGUUGUCAGAUGUUUGAGUUUGAGGGGAUGAUUUGUGGGCAUCUGCUCAAGGUAUUCCAAAUGGUAAAUAUAUUUGAGAUCCCACCACGAUAUAUUUUAAAGCGGUGGACAAUGAGUGCUAGGUAUCUUCAGUCUAUUGAUGAAGUGGGAGUAUGUUCCAGGGAGGUUUUGAAAGAAACAGCUACAAAAUUUGUAGAGUUUGGUUCUACUUGUACUGAACGAACUAGUGUUGCUAUUAAUAUUCUACAAGUAGGCAUGGGAAAACUUUCUGAUAUUAAUAUGCCAAGAAGGGCCUUGUCUCCUGAAGAUGUGGGGUGUGGUAGUAGUUUUCAAGGGCAAAAUAUCAAUGAAAGUAAGGAGGGUACCGUGCCUGGUCUUUCACCAACCAAAGCAAAAAGUCGUCUUGUUACUUCGAGAGAGAAAUCAGGCUCUGAACAGUCACCGAAGAAGAAAAGAAUAUAUCGUACAUGUGGGGAAACCAGACAUCAUUUGCAUGCAUGUUCAAAGGGAGCUGUUGAUCAAUCCCAUCCUGCUACAGUAUUGCAAGUACUUAAUGAUCAAUCACAUCAUAUGACAAUGUUGCAGGGACCUGUUGUUCUACCUCCGUCUUUUGCGUUGUUGCCGGGUCCUGUUGUUCUUCCCCAUCCUUUUGCAAUGUUACCUGGGCCGGUUGACCAGUCCCAGAGUUUAUGAUAUGAGAAAAUUCCUCAUAACAAUUGUACAAAGCUUCCCUCUCCUUUAUUUAAAAUCUUGUAUUUCUUCCAAACACAUUAAGUUCUUUCCUUAUCAUACUUUUAGGUUGUCCUUGCUACCUUGUAUGGAAAUCCUUGUACAGCAGUACUUUUUGUUAUGAUUGUAGGGGGAUAACGUUUGCUUUUUAGAAAUGAAAGGAGUUUCUGUUUGCCA